AUGUACAGCUGCUCCCUCCACAAAUUGGCCCAGAGUGCCUCUCCUGAUAACAGCAAAACCAUUAGCUACCGAUUGAGUCAAGAGAAGCUUUCGCAACUCAGCGAUAUCAGGCUCAAAUCGCUAUAUGACAGGAAACCAGACUACGCAGCGAUCAGCAGUCAACCAUGGAAGAAUCUGCCCAAGUACUUCAAAAACGUGCUUAUAUCAGCAUUGGCACUUGUGAAAAUGAGCAUACAUGCCAAGCUGGGCGGUUCAAUUGAAAUCAUGGGCAUGCUCACGGGCAAAAUCAUCGGAACAUCCAUCAUCGUCAUGGAUGUGUAUUCACUACCCGUGGAAGGCACGGAAACUCGAGUAAAUGCCCAAAACGAAGCUUACGAAUACAUGGUCCAGUACCUUGAUCUCAUGAACUCGGCUGGCCGAGAGGAGCACAUUGUGGGCUGGUACCACUCACAUCCAGGCUACGGAUGCUGGCUCAGUGGAAUCGAUGUUGCCACCCAGAGUCUAAAUCAAAACUUUCAAGACCCCUAUUUGGCCAUUGUUGUGGACCCCGUUCAGCUGUCGAACCAGGGCAAAAUAGAGAUUGGAGCGUUCAGAACGUUGCCCAUGGAGUAUGAGUCCAGAGAAGGUUCCAAGGGCAAGAAUGUGAAUACUCGAUCGAAGGAGAAGAUGAAAGAUUUCGGUAUUCAUGCUGAUCAAUACUAUGCGCUUGAUAUCGAGUUAUUCAAGAGCAGAAGCGACGAAGAGUGCAUCGAUAUGAUCUUGAACAAGUCCUGGGCAGCCAACCUAUUCUAUUCUGAAAACGCAUCGCAGGAGUACGACAGAAGGCUAAUAGAUAGAGUCGAGCAGCUCAUGAGCGAGUUGAACUUUGCUCGUGAGGUGAAGGAGCCAAAGUACUUCAAGCAUUCCUUCGAAGCAUUGGUCAGCCGGCCCGUGAAAGAGGUUUUACAUUUGCGUCAUUUGCGAGAACAGUUGCUGUGUGGAGCUACUCGAGGAGAGAGCGACGAGGAAGUAGUAGAUGACGAGGGCGAUGUCGAUGGAGAGAAUGACGAGGAUGAUGAUGAAGAUGACGAGGACGAUGAUGAAGAUGACGAAGAUAAUGAAGACGACGAUGAGGAGCAGGCCUCCAAGACUGCCAGCGAUAGAGACGAAGCCGGAGACGACGAGGGUCAGAUGGAGACAGAGGAGGAGCAGAGCUUGGACGGUGAGCCUCUCGAGAUCGGAAACGCCAAAAAGCGCUUGCACAGCACCGAUGAUAGCCGAACCAGUAUUCGAGAAGGCGAGCGUCAGCAGUCAUCGACCCACAAGCGUCUAGCCACUGGCGAUGUUUACAAGAAGUUGAGCAACGAGCUCAAGGCGAAGACGCAGAAAGCACACAGCAAGUUGCGAGAGGACGAGCGUCAGGUCGCUGCCGUGGGCCAUUCCGAGUUGCUUCUGAUGCUUGUAAAGCGGGCCCAGAGGAAGGUAUUUGGUGAGGGUGCAGCCAUUUGA